AUGCCGCCCAAGAAGAAAAAGGAUGCCGAGGACAAUGAUCCCAUGAUGAAGGCCGCCCGCUUUGGUCGGGUCAAGAAUACCUUGACCAUGGGAUUUGUCGGUCUCCCCAAUGUUGGAAAAUCCUCCUUGACCAAUCUCUUGGCUGGAGCUAGCCAUGCCGAAGCCGCCAAUUAUCCUUUCUGUACCAUUGAUCCCAAUGUGGUCCAGGCCAUUGUACCCGACAAGAAUUUCAAAUAUUUGGCAGAAACCUUCAAGCCACCAUCCGUCGUUCCCGCUGUGUUGAAAAUCACCGAUAUUGCUGGAUUGAUCAAAGGAGCCAGCGAAGGGGCUGGGCUUGGAAAUGCCUUUUUGAGUCAUAUUGCCGCUGUGGAUGGUAUCUAUCAGCUCAUUCGAGCGUUUGAUAGUGACGAAGUCAUUCAUGUCGAUGACAGUGUCGACCCAAUUCGUGAUUUGGAAACCAUUCAAGGAGAGUUGUGUGCCAAAGACAAAGAUGCUCUUGGGAAAAUUGAAGACAAGGAAAGGGAACGAGUCCGCAAAGAAAAGGGCUUGUCCAGAAGUGCCGUGCCGCCAUUGAGUGAUACAUUUGUCGACGCAUUCUCCAAAUGCACCAAACUCAUCGAUUCCAAUACACCCGUGCAGACGGGAGAGUUUACGUCCGCCGAAGUGGAUUUGAUUCGAGAUUGGGGGCUCAUCACCACCAAACCACAAAUCUACGUGGUCAACUUGUCGCGCAAAAACUUUAUUCGAAAGGGAUCCAAAUGGUUGCCCAAGAUUAAUCAAUGGAUCAAAGAACACGGUGGUGGUCAAAUCAUUCCUGUCUCGGUCGAGUUCGAAGACGAACUCUUUAACGUCAAGGAUGAUCCCGAGGCUCAAAAAGCCGUGUUGGCACAAGCCAAGGAAGACGCCUUGGCAGCAGGGCUCAAGGGACCUCAAGCAGAAGUAAGAUCCAUGGUCCCAAGAUUGAUCAGGGCUGGACGUCAAGCGCUCUGCCUGCAAUCCUUUUACACUGCCGGUCCCAAGGAAGUCCGAGCUUGGACCAUCAUGAAGGGCACCCUUGCUCCCCAGGCUGCGGGAACUAUUCACACGGACUUUGAACGUGGUUUCAUCAAAGCCGAAAUAGCAUCCUUUGAUGAUUUCAAAGCAUUACAUGCCGGACAAGCUAGUAUGGCCAAGGUUAAGGAAAAUGGAAAGUAUAGACAGGAAGGCAAGACGUAUGUCAUGCAAGAAGGAGACAUUUGCGUAUUCAUGCACAACACGACAACCGGCAAGAAGAAAUAA